AUGACCGAUGAGAGCUCAAGUGCCAGUGGGAAGCAAAAGCUCUUUACCUACACAGGAAUGCUUUUGGUUGGCUUGAUGAUAUCACAGGCAGCCGCAGGCCACCUGAGCGUUACUCAAUAUUCCAUGUAUGGCCGAGUGGUUGGGCUCUUGACAAUGUUUUCCUUGUCGUUCCUGAUGGUCGGUGUGGGCCAUGAGUUCGUGAUUGAGAGAAGUAAGCUUGGGACAUAUGCACGGGACUACAUUGUUGCCAUGUCAGCAGCCGGUCUACCUUGGAUUUUUGUUGCCCUUUGGUUGCACUUUGCUUUGCCCAACUCAGGCCUUGCCUGGGGCUCAGCUUUGUUGAUGGCCAGAUUUGCAGCACCAACUAGUGCGGGCAUUCUCUUUAAUAUGCUGGAAGCUGCUGGCUUCAAAGAAACGUGGUUGUUCAAGAAAGCCCAAGUCCUUGCAAUCUUUGAUGACCUCGAUACAAUCCUGCUGAUGAUACCGUUAAAGAUGUAUUUGGUGGGCUUCAAAUGGGAGCUCUCAAUCGAUGCGGUCUUUGUCACUACUUGCUUGUUGCUUGCAUGGCAGAAUCUUCAUCAGAUUCGGCUUCAGAGCUCAUGGAGGUGGACGAUGAUGUACUCCGCCUUGAUCACCGCAGCUUGUGAAGGUCUUUGCUUUUACACGAGCGGACGGGUUCACAUAGAGGUCCUGCUCCCGGCCUUCGUCAUUGGUGUCAUUGCGAUCUCCUUGGGACUUGGCAUGCAAGGACCUGCCGUGGCCGUUGCAGUUCUCAGCCUGGCGGCCAAUUUAGUCCUUUCAACUGGCUUCAUUAUGGCCAUCGACCGAUUGAUGCGGAAGCAGCUGCCCGGGACUGCAGAGCCUACUGGCAAACCUUCAGGGGCAGCUGCACUUUCCAGGAAGCAGUUGAAGCGACAACCAGGUUACCUGGUCAAUGGUGCAGCUAGAGGCCUCAGAGGACAGAACGUCAGAGGUGCCUACGCUGGCUUGGCACCGCUGCGUGUGAGCUGCACCUUUGCUGCAGAUCAGGUGGCAAGUGUGGCAAGCCUUCCUGAUAUGGCCAUGAAGGCCGUCAAUGAGCAGUGUAAAGCUGCGUUGACAUUGUUGAGAAGCUGUUCCAAAGCAGAAGAGGAGAAGCUUGGCAAGCGACACUGUGCGGAGAAAAUCUUGUUCGUCCAAGAGCAGCUUCGUUGUUGUCGUGAAAAAAUUGAGGCGACCAAGGUGACCGAGGCCUCAAUCGAGGGCCUCAAGCAGGCGGAGAAAGAGCUUCAGAGUUGCGCCCAAAAAUUUGGAGUCAAGCUGAAGCCACCAAAGGGGCUUUUUCCACGAGGCUUGCAACAAUUUCAGUACUUCCACGCUGUGGAUGCAGCAUCUGCUGAUCAAGGCCAAAAUGGCUUGGAAAGAAACUUGCUCAUUGUCCUGCAUGGAUUUGGUGGCAGAAAGGAACCUUUCUCGAAUCUGCCUCAAAAGCUAUCCUUGCCAAUGACGUCGUUUCUGGUUUUCGAUGCCCCUCAGGCCCUGCCAGAAGAGCUCUUAGAUGAUCCACCAGGCUACAGUUGGUUCGAUAUGUUCGAUGAGCAGACUGGAGAUUUCAUCCAAGCUUCCGAGGGCGAAUCACGGCGGAUUGAUUCGCUGGAAGGUAGUGUUGAACUACUUUGGCAGUCAGUGAACGUGCUGAUCACCUACUGCGGUUGGAAGCAGGAUGAGCUCUUUCUGUUUGGGUAUGGUCAAGGAGGCACCGUGGCUUUGGACACGGUCCUUGGGCCAUCACAUACACCUUGUGGGUUUGGUGGGGUCAUUGCUGUUGCGAGUGAAGUACUUCCUGAACGAAUCGCACAUCUAGAUGCAAGAGGAGGACGAGAAGUAGCCGUCUUACUCAUAAAUGGUGCGAUGGACAGGGAUGUCAGCAGAAAGGCGGCUGAAGCAUCUGCGCAGAAGCUCCGCCAGGCGGGAAGCAAUGUGCAGCUUUGCGUCUUCUCAGAUCGAGGGUCUGAGAUGUUACGUGGAUAUCAUGCUGAAGAGUCAAUAUGCUUCAUGACAUUUUUUUCUGAUCACAUGAAUGGAGUUGGCCGCAAAGGAAGUGAAGAAGCAAUGCGCAAGAUAGGUGCUGAACCAGUGCUGGGCGAAGCGCCUGUUCGAACGAACUCAGCGGAGGUUUCAUCAGCACAUUCGCUGAAUGAGAUGGACUGA